AUGGAGGAACGUGAGCUUGACCUUGGUGAAGGCAAGAAACCACCAGGAUUCUACGUGCGCCGUGCUGGAGGUCUGUUCCCAGCCCCUCUCCCACCGCAUACAGAUGAAGUUCGUCGUGCAUCUGAGAUGUUCCGAGUUCUUGGAAUCUUCCUCGCUAAGGUGCUCCAAGAUGGACGUCUUGUGGAUUUGCCUCUGGCUCGUCCAUUCUUGAAACUCAUUGUGUCACCACACCUUAGCGAAGCUGAGGAGCCGUCACUAGAUCGAGUGCUUUCGUUGGAUGAUUUCGAGGAGGUCCAUCCUGUCAAGGGAGGAUUCCUCAAAGAACUGCGUGCGUUGGCACAGAGGAAACGUGCGAUUGAAAAUGAACCAAUGCUGGAUCGAGAGGCGAAACGGCGAAAGAUCGACGAACUGAAAUUAUGCAUUCAUGGUACUCGCUGCCGUGUGGAAGACCUCGCUCUCAAUUUCACGGUCAACCCACCGUCGUCGGUGUUCGACUAUGAAGAGAUGGAAUUAGGUCGAAGGUGGUGCUGA